AUGCAGGCGCUGUCGAUCAGUGCUGAUACUCAGCCUAUGAAACACAAGGAAAAGAUUGCGCACUUAGGCGAACAAGAUCCGCCGGGAAGUAGAGAAACGUGCGCUUUUUCUGAGCUGCAUCAGGAUGGCCGCGAGCAAGCAGAUCCAACGAGCACUGGGGGGGCCAUCGAGCACGGCCAGCAGAUGUCGAUGCAGCGUUCCAACGGCCAAAGUGGCGGAGAGCAGCUGCAUAGACAUAGUGAUUCUGCUGGUAGUGGUGCUGGGUCGUCUGUGCCCCACCCCCACGCGGGAAUCGAUACUGGAGAUGUGGGUAUGAUGCCUCCUGCUGUGGCGGACUAUGACGACAAUAGCCCGGGAAAUGCGGCAGCGCCGCAGGAUUCCACUGAAGGUGAAUACGAAACCGCGAGCGCAUGGGCACAGCUGGAUGCCAUUUUGGAGCAAUUACUUUGGAAUGAUAUGGUGACACACCGAGAGCGCCUUGCGCCAGGCGAUGUGUGGUCUCCGUUGUUUCGAUUCUUGAACGAGCAGGCCAACCAGGAACUACAGCUGGAGUACCGGGUCGUACUGCAACAAGACGGGACUGGACCAGAGAAAGCAAGUCUCGCAUCCGAUAAUGAAGGCGAGGAUCGGGUUCGGGUCCUGGACGGCCAGGAAACCGAGGUGAUGCAAUCGGAGCCUGAGUUGCAGAGGUGGUUUGCUGCGGCAUCUGGGACUUUCGUUGACGGCUACAUCGCGCAAAACGAACAAAUGGACAACGACUACGCAGAAUACUUGAAAGACUGGCAGUCUCAAUGGCAAGGCGCUUCCCGACAGCAAUUAGUUUUCCUUCACCAGAGCCAUCGCGUGGACGGGGGCGACGCGGAUUUCGAGAUCUCGCGGAUUCCGUUCCGGUACGAAUAUAGUCAGGCCAUGCUGCAAGCAGCCCCAGCCGAGCUGCCCGAGGACGGUCGUGUGGACGAGCAAGAUCGACACCGGGAAGGACCACCAGUGGCGUAUCUGCACUUCCGAGUGCAGCUUGUUCAGUCUCCCCCGCAGCUGUCGGAAGGAGGCAGUAUGGCUGACGAUCACGACAUAUGAAUUGCAAAAGUUGUUGUACCAUACUCGUACACAUACCAGACUUGCACGACGAAUCUGGUUUCUUGUUCGUGAGUGUCAUAUAAUAUUCAGCAUAUAUUUAUACAAAUGAAAAAAUAAUUGACAUUCCAGAGAAAAUGCGAUUUAUACUAGCUUGCUAGGUAGUGCGAUACUUUUGCAAUGCAUACCACGAUGACCCGGACGCAGAUCAUCACGGCCCGUCUGGACCUUCUUCACCAGGGCCAGUUUCGCCGAACGACAGUAGUACUGCCGACGAAAAUAAAACCGCUGCGCUCGUCGCACUGAAAGCCGAUUUCGAGCAGUUCCUGAACACUCGUGAGGGCAGCGAUUUGAAGACCGAGGGGGAGUGCGGAAACGAAACUGAAGACGAGGCCAUCAGUAAUCCGUUGGACGGCACCGGCCGUGCGAUUCGCUGGCACUGGCUUGACGCCGAUUCUGAAAACAAUACGUGCGGCAUGAAUGCGCUGCUUGCGUCCUCCAACACUGACAGGAACUACGAGGGGAAGUUGAAACUCCCGGGCAACCCGCGCAGGCACUUCGCCAGCAAAAUUCGCGAGCUGUGCUUGGGAAAUGAGGCGAACCUUGGUCAGAAACUCCGCGAGGUUCUUGAUCAUCCCGCACAUCUUCACGGGGGUGCGGAUGAUGAAGAUGGUGAAAUGCAGCUAGAAGUCGCGGAAAGGGUGGAAAGGAUGCUCCUCCAGAUCAAUGUCAGCUAUCAGAACAACAUCGAUCAGUUUGACCAGGACCACGGUCACAACAUCCACGUCCCAUUGCUCGAAUACGACUCCGUCCAAGCGGGACAUCUGCAGCCCGAAGAGUUGCAUGCCCUUCAGAAGGGAUUUGAAGACGUCGGAGAGCUGCACAACCGGGUCUCGCGGGACAUGAAGACGGCACGGGAUAGCGUCGCGAAGGCGCUGGCGAACGGGCAACCGUGGGAUAAGCUCGAUAAGGCGGUGGGAAUAAAGGAUUGGACGAGUGAUGAGGUUGUUGACAAAAUCGUCUUGCCAGACGCUGCAAGUUUACUUUGGGACCUGUUUCCACCUCUCACGACCAAGGAGGAAGACGAGGACCAAGUGCAGGAUUGGCUGGAACAAUUCGAGCAGCAGUAUAAUGCCUUCGUCCUCAACAGAAAUCAUAACGAAGCGGGAAAGCCGCCAGAGUUGUUUCAACAGGUGUGGGAGGGCAUGGAAGCUUUGCUGCUCGCUUUCGGAAGGCACUUCCCCGAAGUAGAACAAAACCUGGCAUCAACCGGGCAAGGCUCACUGCUGCGGAAGUUGGCAGCCUUGGUUCUGUGCGAAGCGCGGUUCCGCGUAAUGAUCGGGAAGGGAGACCAGAUGUCGACAUUCCAGAUUCACCGCCAGCGGUUCGCACCAACAUUGGGGGCGGACGCAAGCCAGGAUCUGUUCACCCUGAUGCUGAAGCAGUACCUGAGCUACAUCCAAAUGCCUGACUCGGCCGUUCCUCUGUCCAGGGAAGAGCUGGAACUGCCUCGCUGGAUCGCGCUCCUCAUGGACGGCAACGAUGCCACCGACUUGGCGUCUGUUUUUGCAGCAGACCACCGCCUUCUGCAAGGGAAGCGGACUGUGUGUGUCGAACAGAGCCUGGUGCGCGAGGCCAUGGCGAAGUGGCGCUACGCCAACGGUCGCGGCAUAGCGCUGGCGCAGGACCUGCGUAGGCAGUUUAACAGAGAACAACAGGUAGCUAUCCGUCAACAGUUGAACUCGUGGAAAAGUGAAGUGUACCAGCGCUUCGCUGGAUGGAAAGAGCUCCAGGAUGCACUGCAACGGAACGGCAUGUACCUCGUGGGCUACGUCGACGGAAAUCACUUUCGCCGCUUUGUACUCGCCUAGGCAGAUCGAUAGCAAGUGUCUCUAGCCUUCUUUUUCUGUACUGAUGCUUUAUCGCCAUCUUUUACUCUGUAUCUCUACACACAAAGUGUAACGCAUGCUGAACUAAAGUGUGCUUCUACAACCGCCACUACGAUCAACAUCACGAAGACUCGGUACACUACAAGAACCCAUGGACGGAAUUUCGUCGGGUUCUUUCGAGAACUUUUCAUCAAGUUCGCACAUAGAAAAUGGUGAGGUCGUGUCGUGAUGAACACAUAGGAACACUGCCGAUAUACAUAUAAAAAAUUUGUACGUACAAGAACGAAUCUUCUACUUUCAUAGCAUUACCAUUAGCAAGUCGAGAAUUUUAUUGGGAAUAAAGAGGGCACACACGACGACUGACAUACUUUUAGCUAUGCGUGGUGUUUCGCUGUAGCUCUAUGACCAUUUUCAGUCCUUUGUGCUCAUACUUGUACUUUUCACUUUUCAUUUCUCAUGGACCACACAGUUGGCCGAGGACGUUCUCGCCUCCUGUUCUUGCCCAUCAGUUUAUGUAGUUUCGAGAUUUUUUUGGAUAGAAAUCAUUGCUAACGCACAAGACAUACAUACAGCUCCUUAUUAUUGAACUUUUUUUGCUACACUUAGUGUACUUAGACGAACACAAAUGUACUACCCAUAGAACUCUCGAGAACGAUGAAAAUCUAACGAGCAGAAACAGAAAGUACUAAUAGAAAUAAGCAAAAUCAAAAGAAAUAAUCGAGGAAUAUACAAGUGUGAUUGUUUCUUGUCUAUCCGGCACUCUAAUUGUUGACUUAUCUCGUAGUUUCUGACGCAACGUCCGCUGCGUUGCAGCAAAAAAAAGUGUGUGACUCAGGG